AUGGUUGUGCUUGGACGGUUUGCCGCGGCGUUGGCUGCUGCCUCCUGUCUGGGCGAUGCUGUCUGGGCAUUCCCUGCUCCGGCUGAGCUCGACCUCGACGUCUUCGACUCCGAAGCCGACAACAGCACCGAUCCUUUCUCUGAUUACCCUGCUCUACUCAAGUCCCGCCAGGACAAUGUGGAGUUACGCAUCCUGCCCCUCGGUGCGUCGAUCAUGGAGGGUGUCGGAUCGACCCAUCACUCAGGGUCGCGAAAAUACGUCAGAGCCGCACUCCGGCACGACGGGUAUGAGGUCAACAUGGUUGGCACACGCCAGCACGGUACCGACAUGGAAGACAACGACCACGAAGCAACCUCGGGCGCGAAGCUCCACGAGGUUUUGCAGAACUACCUCCCCAGGUCCCUAGCCUACAAGCCCAACAUUGUUUACAUGAACAUCGGCACCAACAACGCCAACAGCGGCCAAGACGUUAGCAACGCCUAUGAGAUGAUGGCCUCUAUCGUUGAUAAAAUCUGGGGGAGCUCCGGCAUGAGUGAGACCUGCGUGAUUGUUUCGACGCUGCUGCCCACAAACCAUGGCGAAGGAAGAAUCAACCGCAUUUCCAUGAACCAAGCGUACCGUAACGUUGUCCGGGAUAAAUCGAACGACGGCAAGUGCAUCUAUCUGGCCGACAUGGAGCCACCGGGUGAAGGGUCUGGGUUUCUUGGCCUGGACCAGCCCGUCUGGAUGGCCGGAGAGACCAUUCACAUCCAUCCCAACGACGAGGGUCAUAGAAGGAUGUCUUACAUCUACUAUGCUGCCAUAACAAGGGCGCUCAGGGCCGGCAAGGUCAAACAGGCAGCCUCGAUGGAGCAGAGCGGCCAGCCCAAUUGUGACAAGAUUGCAGGCAAUGGCGAGUUCUCACCAAACACCCAGCGCGGCUCGGGUGAGGGCAAUGGCAUUUACCAGCAUUUCUCGUCGGAGCAAGGGGUUAUUCUUGAAAUCGAGAGCCCCUGGGACCGAAACCAAUGGCGUUGGGCUCGGCUGUUUAGUAGGAAGUACGACGACCUCCUCGGCUGGUAUGACUACGAGCAGAAUGACCAUCGUUUCGGUGUCUGGAAGAACUCGGGUGACGGCGCCGGCAAGUUCACCCGCAUCGGCGACCUCCACGGCAACAUCUACUGCAUUCCCCGUGGCCUGCACUUUGCAGACGUCGACGGCGACGGUCUCGACGAUAUUGUGUGCGUCUCGCCGACGGGCGAUCUGCAUGUCUCCCGGAACACUGGUAACGGGGACCGCGGCUCUAGCAGGCUGCCCACCUUCAAGUAUCUCGGUAAGAUCAUGACCGGCAAGGCCGAGCAGAAACGCAUCCGCCUGGCGGACAUUGACGGCGACGGCCGGGUGGACUACGGCGUCAUCCAUGAGUCUAGCGGUGCCGUGGAGUUCUGGCGCAACUCGGGCACGGGUGAGACGCCAGGCUUCUGGCAGCAUCUUGGCAUUCGGUCGACCAUGACGACUUCAGAGUGGACGGCGAGCAGGAACGAAGGCAUCCGCUUUGAGGAUAUCAAUGGUGAUGGCCGUGACGACUGGAUGUGGCUGAGUCGUUACUGGGGAGAAACCACGACGUACACCAAUGCACGCAGCUGUCAAAAGGGCCGAGACGGCAACGGCCUCAAUGUGGCGUGGCGGCAGGCCUUUUUCCGAGGCCAGAACUCGGGCUCAACACACGGUGGCAUCCGACAUGUCUACCCGAAUCGUGACCUCGAGGAUGACAAGGUCCGCGAACGGAUUCACUUUGCGCGCAUCUACGGCCGGGAGGAGUCCUUUGCGUUCAGGGACCAGUCCGUCAAGGACUACGUCUUUAUGGAACCCACCGAGGGCGACGACAAGAAGUUCAAGUUCAAGGUGCGUGCGUGGAAGAACUUGGGCGGUGGCGGUACCAAGCUCGAGGCCGACGGCAACAAGUACUGCAACAUGCACGGCUGGUCCGAUGGACGCGCCGACUACGUCUGGGUCUGGUCGACAGGCGAGAUGGAUCUCUACCCAAGUCGCGGCGUGACGCAGGUCGGCAGCGGAUCGUUCUGGGAACCGUGGGUUGAAGGCUUCUGGAAGCCCCCUCAGAACAUUGACCGUCGGGAGCUACACCUUGCGGACUGGAACGGCGACGGAGCCUGCGACAUCAUCUGGGCCGAUCCCAAGAGAAACCACCGCGUGACCGUCUGGAUCAACAACUACCCCAAGACCAAGAGCUGGAACAAUGCCUUUACCCAGCUCCAGAACCCUCCAGACCUUCAGUGCAACGAUCGCAACGGCAUUGGCAUCCACGAUAAUGCCGUGCAGUUUGCCUAUCUCGGCAACGACAACAGGCGCGCCGACUACCUGUGUAUCAGGGAGAACGGCCUCGUCAGGGGACGUCGCCAGCUCAAUGACGGUAGUUUCGGGCCCAUGGUCCAGUUCAAGAAGGCCGAGGGCAUAGACCGUGCCAACAUCCGCUGGGGCGACGUCAACGGCGACGGUCGGGACGAUCUCAUCUGGGUGGACAAGUUCAACGGCAACGCACGCGUAUGGUACGGCGGAGGCCCGCACGGCAACCCUUCCGCCAACGGCGGCUCCAGCUGGAAGUGGCGCAAGAUCAACGAUCCCGUCUACGACGGGAGCUACGCCGGCACCUGUCAGUACUUCCCCGACCUCAACGGCAACGGCCGCGCCGACCUGCACUCCAUCAUGGGGACGUGGACGAACAAGGCAGAGACCUGGUUCAAUAAAGACUGCGCGCUGCGAGACGCGCACGGUGACGACCCCGGCGGCGACCCCCAACUGCCCGUACAGCCAGGAAAUCCCAUCGACGGUGAUGGUCCAGGGGAUGGCGACCACCCUGGAUGCGACAGAGAGAGCGACUCGCGCGAUUUCCGCGACUUUGACUGCAACGACCCCCUGGUUGAAAACCAUUCGCUAGACGAGGACGUAAUCAAGGCAUGGAGCGGGCUCGACGCGCUUGGGGCCUGGCGAUCGGCACUCGACUGGUGGCAUUGCAACCGAGCGGAAAGCGAUGUGUCCGGCUUCUCCAACGUGAUCUCCGAUUUCUUCAACGGUCCUCAAGGAUUCCGAUGCGAGAUAUUCGGGGAAAGCAGCAAUUGCGGCGGAGGGAACGCUCUCCAGUGCGACGAUGUCAGGUGGCCCGCUGGCUACUUCAUCCUCAACUCUUUCAGGAACAUUGCUUCGAUCAACCGGGACUGGAACGAUGCCCUCCAGGGUCUAUCCGACUACACUCAGCCAGACAAUGUAGCGUCGACCUUUGGCGUGAAACCAGACGAUACAAACCCUUCACUCGCCAUUCUCCUCGAUGUCGUGGUCAUGGGCUAUUCCAUGGUCAUGGGCCCCAUGUGGAACAGAGUGGUCCAACAGUCACGUCGGCCAGGACUAGGCGGUGGAAAUGCCGGCACACUCAAGGACGAGGUCAACGACCUCGUCAAAAACAGUGCCACGUUGGCCAAGGAUGUCUACGCCAAACAUUACAAAGCAAAAACCGACGCAGGCACCAAGAUGGCGGUCGCCACAGCCAUGAAGGAGAUUGUCAACAGCUGGAAAGACAACGUGCAAACACUAACGGAAACCCUUUUCGACGGCAGCGACUCGUCCAACCUGAAGCUGACGCUGAUGAUGGAGGGCGGCGCCAUGUUGCUAGCAGACGCUCUUGAUGGCGUCAACCAGGCCGCCAUGACGACAGCCUUGCACAAAGCACUCAAUGCCCAGAUGAUUCCCAUCACGUGGAGCGUCUCGGCGGAGGACAUGUAUCCCGUCAUCAUCAGAGAGGAAAUUGGCUGCAACGAACGGCCCCGAAUCGACUGGACAAACAGCAAUGUCGAUUGGGUGACCUCGGGGGCCUACGGCAAGAGGCUCUGCAUCGACGACGUGAGCUACUGGCUCCUCGCGCCGAGCAAGUUCAAUCAGUGCAAGACGACGGCCGAAGGGGACGUGCUCAGCUGUCCCGCCUACGACGUGCCGCCCGGCUUCAGUUCCCUGGAGAGCAACGAAUACGACGUCAGCGUGCGCGACGUCGUCGAGGGCUCCCUCAACACGUGGGCACACAACGGACGCAGGAACGGUGGCCCCAUCCCGGACAUCAACACCGAAGCCGUCGACGCGAUUGUCGAACGGGACCUCCGAGCGCCCGGAUUCUUCAGGAUCCCCGUCUGCGACAUGGCCGAGGUCAGGGACAACUGGGAGAAGGCGUACAAUGGUGCCAAGCCUUGGACCAACUUUCCUUGCGACGAGUAG